AUGGAGGAAGCGCUGCCUCGAAGAGGCUCAUCAGAACCUGAUGAGGUUUCAGCGUUGCUGGGACCCGAUCUAGAAGGAUUGGAGACCGCUGUGGAACACACCGGUGAAGUAAUCUUGAGCAACACUGUGGGUGGUACCGACAGCAAUGAGGGUCGGUGGUUCAAGGAAAGCCAGGUACACCACUCUCGUUUUGGAUGGCGGAAACCGGGUGUUGAGAUUUUGUGCUUUGUGAUCGGGUUGAUCUCGUUUGCAGAAAGUUUGACACUUUCGCCAACUAUUGUUAUGUCAGUGGAGAAAAGUUGUGAAGUGGCCAUGCGGGACGGCGUGUGCGAUAGGGCACAGGCACAACGAGUGUUUUCAGAAAUCCAGUCGGUCCGCAUGCUUUUGGCUGGAACGGUAAGCACACUUUUGGCAGGCAAAAUGGGCGAACUAUCGGACCGGUUUGGCAGGAAACCCAUCUUACAAUACAUAGGGCUCGUGCGUUUGGUGUCCGUCGUUGCCAUAAUGUACACGAUUUUACCACAAACGCGGUUUUCCAGGACCGGCAUCAUGCUGGCCAAUAGCAUCACGUCUGUUGGUGCAGAUCUCAUGGUUCUCAUUGCAACGGGGAAUAGUUACAUCGCAGAUUGUACGGAACCAGCAUCGCGCACGAUGGCCCUUAGCUUUCUGAUGAGUACCAUAUAUGGGACCAUGGGCUUUGGGCCUCUGAUCGGAUCAGCCUUGGUCAGGCUCUCGAACAAUAACAACUUUGCUCCGUUUAUCGUGGCCAUGGUCUUGAUCCUGGGGUGUUUGCUGUUCGUUACGUUUGGAUUGAUGGAGUCUCGUCAUGCCCAGGCAUUGGAACACAGCCAGCUCAAGUUCCAGGACCGUCGUCGCAGCUUCGACAGCAUUCUAUCGAACACGUCGUCCGGGUCGCUUCACAAUCGUGGCCGCUACCAUCUGGUGAUGUUUCUGGACCUUUUGUCACCUUUGAAGAAGUUGUGGCUUCCGCCAUCCGCUGACGGCUCUUUUGUGGCCCGCCGCAGCGUUCUGACCUUGGUCGCUAUGGACAUUUGUUAUAUGAUGUCGACCGCGGCCAUUAUGGGACCCAUGGUGCUGUAUGGCACCUUCAAGUACAACUGGACGUCUGUGACGUUGGGUUACUUUAUGUCGCUUGUAGGAAUUGGCCGGACUCUGAUUCUCUUGGUGCUGGCCCCGGUGCUGCUUGUUUGGCUCAAAAAACGUCACACACGGUUGGACAACUCCGUGGACAAUAUCGAUUUGACCUCCAUGCGCGUGGCAAUGAUUUCUGUUACGGCUUCAAUAGCAAUGGCCGCUGUUGGCGACCAGCGAGGGUUUUCCAUGAUAGUGUUUGCGUGUUUUCAAGAUGUGAGUGCGAUAUUCUCGCCCACUUUACAGGCCACUGCAAUCAAGUACUUCUCGCACUCGUCGCUGGGCGAGGUUUUCGGGGCCUUGGCGUUGGUAAGAAGUGCUACAAUGCUGAUUUUCCCGGCUGCAUUUUUCCAAAUCUACGGCAGUACGGUAAAAACUCGACCCAUGGCAUUCAUGGUCCUACCAUUUUGCGCUGCGGCAAUGGCCGUCGGUCUCUCCUACACGCUGGACGUUGUCACAGACCCCGAGCGUCUACGAAGACCUUCCCAGACGUCACUAAGGCCCGGUUCUGCCGGCUACACGGACUCCGAGCCCCGGGCCUCCAAAUCUGCCGAUAGACGCGCUUCAACAGCCCAGACAUUACGAGCUCCCGCUUCCAAAUCUGGAGAGCCUGCUUCCCGCGCCAGCAAGUCUAAACCAGACUCACCGUCGUGA